AUGCGAUACGCGAUCUCUCAACCAAGCGAAUAUCUCGUGCUUACGGGUGCUGGGAUCGACGAUAUACGGAUAUGCAAGAAAGCCAUUGUCAUGCCAUGGCAGCGAUGCGCGAGGAUCUCUGUCGCGCCUUUCGACUUCUCCCUCAACCUCCAAGCCAUGACUACUGAAAAGCUGCAGUUCUCGCUACCCGCCGUCUUUACAAUCGGCCCCGACAACGAAGCCGAGGCCCUAAAGAAAUAUGCGUUGCUUCUGUCUGGCAGCACCUCCGAGGCAGAUUUGGCUAAGGCCAAGGAUCUGACGAACCCAACAAGACGAAAUCAUGUCCAAGACAUUGUCAAGGGUAUCAUUGAAGGCGAGACUCGCGUAAUCGUCUCCAGCAUGACUAUGGAAGAGAUAUUCAAGGAGAGACAGGUUUUCAAGACAAAGGUCAUUCGAAACGUCCAGAGCGAGCUUGAACAGUUUGGACUGAAAAUUUAUAACGCCAACGUGAAGGAGCUCCAGGAUACGCCAGGCAGCGAGUACUUCGCCUUCCUUAGCCGUAAAGCUCAUGAAGGAGCCCUCAAUCAGGCCAAGAUUGAUGUGGCUGAGGCACGAAUGAGGGGAGAAAUCGGUGAGGCCGAAAAGAAAGGACGAGCGAAACAGGAGAUCUCGAAGAUCGAUGCCGACACUGCAGUUUUGGAGGCGAAGCGGAAGGCCGAAAAGGCCAAGGCAGACUCUGAGCUCAUGAACCGUCAGACCGAGCUAGAUAAGAGCGUUCGGCUUGCCAAAAUUGCAGCCCAACGUCAAGCAGAAGUAAGGGACGCAGAGCUGCAGAAACAGGUUGAGUCCAAGCGUGCAGAAACAGAGCUCGAACGCCUACGAGCCGUGGAAGUCACGAAAAGCAAGGUUGCACGAGAAUCUGCUCAAGAAAAUGCAGACGCUUCCUUCUAUACAAAACAGAAAGCCGCAGAUGCACAGCUUUACAGGCAAAAGAUGGAAGCCGAUGCGACCUAUUAUCGCCAGAGCAAAGACGCAGACGCCGCUUUUUAUCAGCAGAAGCGCGAGGCAGAAGGAAUUCUAGAGACGGCCAAAGCAUAUGGCGCGCUCGUCGAUUAUAGGAUGCUGGAGACCGGCACUUACGAGAAGCUGGCUCAGGCAAACGGUCUCGCUAUUCAAGAUCUUAAACCCAGGAUCACUACAUGGAACACUGGGAAUGGGUCCAGCUCCAAUGACACGAUGGGCCCAAUCAGGGACAUUAUGCAGAGUCUUCCGCCGCUUUUCAGCACAAUCCAUGAACAGACUGGCAUUUCACCGCCGACUUGGUUGGCUCAGAUGCCCUCCGGUCAGCAAAAUUAG